AUGGUAUACCAUAAAUUCAUUAAUCAAGCUAUUUAUGCUUUUGCCGAUCUUGGUAUAGCUGAUCGAUUGAUGAAUGCACCGUUAGAUCGUGGUUUUACGGUCGAAGAAAUUAUGGGUGAUGAUCGAUCACAAUGGAAUCAAGAUUUACUCUCUCGAAUAUUACGUGCAUGUAUUUAUGGUGGUAUUGUUGAAUCUAUAAAUGAUGAAGAACAUUAUAUUCUUACUGCAUCUGGUAUGAUGAUGACGUCAAAUCAUCCGUCACAUGUACGAGAUUUUAUUCGUCUGAAUUUUGGACCAAUUAGUACUAGUGCUGGCACACAAUUACCAAAUAUGAUACGUGGAGAAGGUACAGAUGCUGGAGUAGCUCGUGUUUCAGGUGGUAUGGAUUUUUAUACGCUUAUAGGACAACCCGAUCAAGAAGAAUUAUUAAAAAUAUUUAGUGGUGCUAUGACAACAUAUUCAAUACAAAGCGGUUCUCAAUUAGUUACAGCCGUUAAUUUUGGUAGAUUUAAAACCAUAGUUGAUAUUGGUGGUAAUAGUGGAAUAUUUUUAGCUCAAAUUCUUGAAAAAUAUCCAUCGAUUCAACAUGGAAUUGUUUUUGAUUUACCACAUUUUGUUAAUCAAUUUAAAAAUGGCGAAGAAUUUAACUUACGUAACAUACGUAAAGACAAAUGGAAUUUUGUUUCUGGUAAUAUUUAUGAUUCAUCAACUGUUCCAUUAGCAGAUGCUUAUGUAUUAAAACAUUUUUUACAUGAUUUUGGUGAUAGGAAAUGUUUAGAAAUUUUAUCAUCAAUCUAUAAAGCUAAUGAAAAUCAAAAAGAUCCAGUAGUAACGAUAUUUAUUAUUGAACAUGUCAUUUUACCAAAUCGCGCUUUAAGUAAUUGGCAAUCACAUGCAUUCGAUAUAGAAAUGGCUGCGGCGUUAGGUGAUGCUCGUGAACGUACACAAAAUGAAUAUGAACAAUUACUAAAUAAAGCUGGAUUUAAACUGAUACAAAUGUAUCCAAUUCAAUCGCCAGAUUCUAUUCUUGAAGCUGUUAUGGUUCAUUAA